CAGCCCUGUUGUGAAGUGGUUCCACGCGAAACAUGCAUAUCAUAAUCUUCACAGCAUCGCUAGCCAUGGUGUACGCCAUGCCAUCCUACAUAGCGGUGCCCGCAGACCAAAUAGCCUUCGUAGACCUCACAGAAUUGAGAGCUAGAAGAGUCACAAGGCAGGCCCUAUCUGAACCUCCGUAUGAAGUAAACUACCAUCCAAUACCGUUGCAAAAUUAUCAACAAGGAACUGUAGCUCUCGCCCCACCUCCUGCGCCAAAAGCUAGGUUGCAAGCUAAACAACAAAUCGAAGAGUCAAGUCCAGCAAAUCUAGGUGCGGUUGCACAAAUUGCAGAAAGAACACCAGACUUCGGAGAAUAUGUAGACUUUGGGGCCCAUACUGGAGACAAUGGUGCUUUCGGGUGGUACGCAGACUACCCUGUAAGGAAAUAAAGAUCACAAAUCCUUUUUGAAUGUUAGUGCCCUUAAGUCCUAAAUAUGUUUGGAAUGGACAUCUAAUGUUAAACAGUUUAGGGAAAAGUGAUCAAAUACUAUAUUGUUUUGAAUGUUUCUUGCCGAUAUAUUUAUUUGGCGUAUAGGUUAAACUCGUGUUACCAAAGAAUUAUCCUUGAAAGUUCUAGAAAUUAAAAUAUGUUUCAAUAAAUCAAAGCCGAAUUACCGCACAUUUGUUUAAGACGGUGAAUUCCGCUACGCACGUUUUCAUUAAAAUAAUGAAGUUCCUUAAAAACCUAAACGUUUAAGUUAACAAAGUACACUGUGAUAUAUGGCACUAAGGUAGUUCAUACU